CACGGGGUUUUAUUUUUAGACCCCAGCGAGGCGCAACAGCAGCUGAAUGAAGUUCAGCGGCUCCGAUGAAUUUCUCGGCGGAUUCACGUUAAACUUUCAAUACAUGGAGCCGGUUCCAAGCGGCUGGGACCCCCGUGACUCGCUGUUUUGGCUGUGCGUCGGCUGACUUUGACUCGUGUUACGCGGAGUAACAGGUUUAUUAAGGCGCGCGCUCGUUGAAACGUUUCAGCAUGAUCAAAACCCGCUCCUAACUACGUUUUAACAGUCGUACGUGACCGAGUCGCCCUCGCAGGAUACCUGUGGAUUUCUGGAGAAGAUGCCGCCUUCAUGAGCGGCUUGACGGUGCGUGUCAUUAGAUGGGGUCUCGUGAGUUUAAUAAACAGCGCAGUCAAUGGGACGUCAGUCAAGACUAGAAAACAUAUAGGGCACGUUCAGUCACUACAAACGCCGCUCGUUGGAUAGACCUGCUAAGGAAAUGUCGGCGAUAUCUGCGUCCGAGAAAGUGGACGGGUUCACGCGGAAGUCGGUGAGGAAGGCUCAGAGGCAGAGGGUCUGCCAGGGCUCGUCUCAGUUCGCGGCGGGCGGCGGCAGGCCUGCGGCUGCGGAGAUCUCCGCGCUCCCGCAGCUCAAAGAUGCAUCUUCCACAGAGCAGCACGAGCUGUUCAUGCAGAAACUACAGCAGUGCUGCGUAAUGUUCGACUUUUACGACACGGUGACUGACCUAAAAAGCAAAGAGACCAAACGGGCCACUCUCAGCGAACUUGUGGAUUAUGUGUCUACUAACAGAGGAGUUCUGGUAGAGCCUGCCUAUCCUGAAAUCACCGCCAUGGUUAGCACAAAUAUUUUCAGGACGCUUCCACCGAGUGAAAACCCCGACUUUGACCCAGAAGAAGAUGAACCCACUCUAGAAGCCUCUUGGCCACACAUGCAGUUGGUGUAUGAGUUUUUCCUUCGAUUCCUUGAAAAUCCAGACUUCCAGCCUAGCACUGCCAAACGUUAUAUUGACCAGAGGUUUGUGCUACAGCUCUUAGAACUGUUUGACAGUGAAGAUCCUCGAGAGAGAGAGUUUUUAAAAACGGUUCUGCAUCGCAUCUAUGGGAAGUUUCUGGGUUUGCGUGCCUUUAUUCGGAAACAAAUCAACAACAUUUUUCUGAGAUACAUCUAUGAAACUGAGCACUUUAAUGGAGUUGCUGAACUCCUUGAGAUUCUGGGCAGCAUCAUCAACGGCUUCGCUCUGCCGCUGAAGGCCGAACACAAGCAGUUCCUGAUGAAGAUCCUCAUUCCCCUGCACACUGCCAAAGGACUCGCGCUGUUCCACGCACAGCUGGCCUACUGCGUGGUUCAGUUUUUAGAAAAGGACCCGACCCUCACUGAAGUGGUGGUCCGCGGCCUUCUUAAAUUCUGGCCUAAGACGUGUAGUCAGAAAGAGGUCAUGUUUCUAGGGGAAAUCGAAGAGAUCCUGGAUGUUAUCGAACCUACACAGUUCAAAAAAAUUCAGGAACCUCUAUUUAAGCAAAUCUCUAAAUGCGUAGCCAGCCCUCAUUUUCAGGUAGCAGAACGAUCACUGUACUACUGGAACAAUGAAUACAUUUUGAGUCUAAUCGAGGAGAAUAAUGCCAAAAUCCUUCCCAUCAUGUUUGGAAACUUGUACCGGAUCUCCAAAGAACACUGGAACCCGACGAUCGUGGCCCUGGUGUACAACGUGUUAAAAACACUGAUGGAGAUGAACGGCAAGCUGUUCGAUGAACUGACCGCCUCGUACAAAUCUGACAGACAGCGAGAGAAGAAGAAAGAGCAGGAACGUGAGGAGCUGUGGAGGAAGCUGGAUGAACUCCGACUCCAGGAGACAUCGGCCAUGCAGAAUAACAGGCAUGAGAUCCAGUUCACUUACAGCAACAACAACAACAACAACAACCUUCACCAGAAGAAUGAAAACCCAGCAGCAGCCGUUACCGACAGAAUUGAGAGCGACGCCUGGGUCAAAUGACACUUCCUCCCUCAGUAUUUUGCUGGUUUGCUGAUGUAAACCAAUGUAGAGAGCGGCAAGGAUACGGACCUUCAGCAAUAAUCAUUUUUAAAGAAGAUUUCUUUUUUUUUCCCAAAAGCCUAUGUAAAACUUAAUCGAAAUGCUAUCUCUCCUUCUAAAGGAUAAUAUAUUUUCUGUAUGCAAGUCUAUUUUGGGUGUAAAGUGUGGUUAUAGUAAGUUCUGAAAAUGCGAUCACGUUAACUUCUCUUAAAGAAAUAGUUCGCCCAAAAAUGAAAAUCCUCCAAGCCAUCGUAGGCGUAUAUAACUUUCUUCUCUCAGACGAACACAGUCUGAGUUUUUAUCCUGGCUUCUCCAGACUUGGUAAUAUUGGUGGAUAGUGGGCAUUAUUUUGAAGCUCUGUAAAUCGUAUAUAUCCGUCGUAAAGCUAACCCAUAUGCCACUGGGCACUGGUGGUGUAUACGGCUGUCGCUGGAAGAUUUGAGUCAUCAUUUUGAAAAUAUAACUAUUUUUGUUAUAGAAAACCAUUGAUCUGCUUCAGAACAUGUGACGUGUGUUAACCUCCCAGAGGCGUGUGUACGUUAGUGUCACGACGGAUACAUACAAGCUUCAAAAUAAUGGCCGCUAUCCACCGGCAUUACCAAGUGUUCCUCUGGAAGAAGACGGUUACAUGCACCUGAGAUGGCUUGGAGGCGAUUUUUUUGGGUGAACUAUCCCUUUAAGGUCUUUGCACACAGAGUUCGAAAUUUUUGCUAUUGUUAUUGUUUUUUCGUAAUCGUUCUCCUAAAAAUCUCCUCACAGAAACCUUGCGAACGGAGCCCGAUGCGAAUUGAUCCAUUGCUAAAACAAUCUCGAAAACAGUAUCGAAUGGAGUCUUCAGGCACAGAGGAGGAUUUUGUUGUCCUCGCGCUUCUUAUAAUAAAGAAAUACAACGUAGAUAUCGGGCCUAUCCAAUCUGGAGAUGUAGGCUCCAUCCGAAACACUGAAAAAUGCUCCAAGAUAGGAGGCAUCAGUUGUGUCCUUUCUAGCGGUACUACACUGUAAAAAAUGAAUGAGCUAUCUACUUAAAAAAAUAAGGUUACAUUGACAUAAAAUCUUCUCAGUGAAUGAAUCUAUGACACAAUUCAUUUAAUGUAAUUAGCUAUUUUGAGUAAGACCUGUAUGAAUUUGACUUUCACCAGCAAUAGCAAAACCACUGCUCAUCGAACAACCAUAAGCUCUUUACUGAAAAGCAUGCUGGGAACUUACAUUUACUUAAUUGCUUCUAAAAUAAAACAGCUAAAUUCUCUUAAAUAGGUAGCCUACAAAAGUUCACAAUGUUUUCAAUACAACACGGCACCACCGUUUAUUUAAUAAAAUAUACACAUCUUUUAUUAAUAGAGUAAUUUGUUCUUUUUUUAUGAAAAUGACAUUUUUUACAGUGUAGAGUCACACAUGAAAAAGAAGACCACGGGUGAAUUUCGACGAUCGUCGGGGCUCUGAAUUGUCGAAAACACCUCUAAAAAUUUGCUGCGGUUGCAAAAAAAAAAAAAAAAUCGCGAUCCAUUUUUUUUACGACAGACGAAAGUUUCGGAGGCAGUGUGCAAUGGCCUUCCAAGCCGAGAAACCCAAGUGAUCUGGUAUUUUGUAUUAGGGUGAAAGUUUUCACAGUGGGUUCAGGUUGGUCACGUGGAUACACCACAUGACCAAUAGAAAGCUGCUUAUUUAAAAAAAAAAAAAAAUUGUGUGUUAGAUGUGCUCCAUACAUCGCUACACUACUGCCAACAGACAAUGGACCUAUUCUCUGCAGUUAUAAUCAGUAUUUUUGUCAAACAAAAUUGUUUUUAAACAUAAAUACAUGUACAGUAGAAUUAAUAAAAAUCUAAAAUAGUACAUUUGUUAAAUUAUGUAAAGGAAUAUACCUUGAAUGAAUUUAUUUUUAACUAUUUGUGUUCAAUUCGGCUUCUAGCUUUUACAAAAAAACGAGACAAAAAUACAGACGAAAUAACAUAUUGUCCGUCGGCGAAGGCCAUGUGAAGAAACGUGAGCACAAUCUGAUUUAAAAAGCGAACGCUACCGCGAGUUUGAAAUGUGUGUUAACAUAAAUGUGACCUGAGCUGAAUAUUAACAUUUGAUGCCUAUAGUUCACAUGAUACGAAGUUAUAUUCCAUGGAAGUGUUAAAAAUUAGCCUUAGAAAUGCAAAACGUGAAGCACAAAUGUAUUGAACCUGGUCAGAAACCCCUGUCCAAGUUUAAAAACUUUUUCUCAUAAUACCAGCCUUGCAUUAUAAAUGCAACAUCUUUAAAUAGUAUAUUUUAUUAAAAACUCAUUGCUUUCUGUAUCAUUCGGAUCCGCUGACUAUGCAUUUCGCAGGUUGGGAUUAAAACAAAUAGAUCAUUCUUAGUCAUAACUUAACUCAGGGAUAACUAAUGCUCCCCACGUGUUAUAAAAAAUGGUGAAAAGGUUGUUUUUGUUUAUUUUUUCAAGAAUAGAAAAAAACCUAAGGUGUUUAAAGAACCAAUAGAUACUAUAAAUGAGACUCACUGACAUUCCAUUCAACGUUCUGUUGUUUUGCUUCUACCAAAAAUGUCUCAUUGCUAUGCAGUUAUGUUUUCAUGAGAUUUCCUGUGAGAAUGUGUAAAAUAACCUUGUUGUAAUGUGCUAUCCUGCAUUAAAAUGCCAGGCUGAUGUUUA